AACCAUCAGAAAAUCCUGAGUUCGACCUAUUUUAGUGCAUUUUUAUUCUAGAAAUAAUAUCAGGCAAGAUGUAAACAUUAAAAUAUGUAAAUAAACGGUGUCAAUAAGACAUUCCUUUCUUUCAUUCAAUUUCAAUACCGCAACAUGUAUUAUAAAAAAUAAACCAAACAUCCACAAAAUGCUAAAUUGAAAAAAAAUCUGAACUGUACCUAAACUAAUUGAAGAUAGAUCAUAUAAAAUAAAGCAACGAAUAAUAUUUAUAAUAUUUUUUACAAUAGCGUUUGACUAAUUACUCGCACAACAUGUCACAAGCUAUUGAAGCUGAACAUACGUCUCUAACGUGGAACAUCCUGGGCGAUAGUUUUCCGAAACAAUAUGAAACUAGCGAGGUGAGUAGGCAGCUACCCGAGGAAGUUAUGAAACCUAAAGAAGAAAGCAUGAGUAAGAUUAAACUAAAACUACAAGAUAUACAAGAUGCGCAUAAUCGGAUCAAAAACGAUGUUGUCUUCACACCAGUUGUUGAAGCAAAACAUAUAGGAAAAAAUUUUUGCAACAUUUUCUUGAAAUGUGAAAAUUUGCAGAACACUGGAAGUUUUAAAGCGCGCGGAGCCUGUAACAUCUUAUCCAGCAUGUCACCUUCAGACAAGAGCAAAGGUUGCACCGUGUCAGGAGGACGCAACUAUCUUUCUGCCAUGACAUUCUAUGGGUUCAGGCAAUCAGUCCCUGUCAAUGUGAUUGUACCGAGAGAUUGUCCUCUGGUCGACAAACAUCGAUACAAGGAGAACUUUGCGAUUGUGAAGGUGCAUGGUAACGACCUCAACGAUGCCAGCCUGCAUGCACUCACUUAUUGUGAUGAAAUCGGUUCAAAUUAUAUACACGGGUCAGACCGAUUGGACUUAAUUGCGGGCUACGGCACUAUGGGACUGGAGCUGCUGACACAGAUGGACAAGAUGGACGCCAUCCUGUGUCCUGUCGGCAGCGGCGGGCUUGUCGCUAGUCUCGUGCUGGCGGUCAAGAGCCUCAAACCCAACUGCCUUAUAUACGGCGUGGAAUGCUCAGCGGCCCCCACCAUGACCAAAGCUCUCCAAGAGAAGAAGCCAGUCAUGAUCCAGCAGAACCCGACGAUCGCCGAUAGUCUAUGCAGUGUCAUUGCCAGCAACAAUGCCUUCAACAUCAUCAGGGGAUAUCUGGAUAGAAUGAUAACUGUAGAUGAAGUGUGGGUUUCGCGCGCGAUGAUCAAUAUCCUGGAGCGAGAGAAGAUGGUGGUUGAGGGGGCGGCUGCGUGCCCUGUGGCUGCUGUUAUGGCUGGGAAAGUUCCAGAACUUCGUGGGAAAAAUGUUGUAUGUAUUCUGUCGGGUGGUAAUAUUAACAGCAGUCGUAUGUCCCGGGUCAUUGACCGCGGUAUGGCAGCUGAGGGUCGUCUUGUCAAGUUCAGUGUGGCACUGCCAGACGUGCCAGGCGCCAUGGCCAAGCUGCUGGCCAAAGUCACCGACAACGGUGCUGAUGUCAAGAGCUUCGUGCCUGAACGCGCUUGGAUGAGACGAGACAUAUUUACUGUUUCUGUGAACAUGUUGAUAGAAACGGGUGACAUGCACCACGCCAAGGACUUGGAGAAGAAGCUGAUGAAGGACUAUCCUCACGCACACUUCAUUAUGAAUGAUUUUCGCGGGUCGGAUGAUCAACCACAUGUUUUAUCAUUCAAUGAAGUCAAAAAGGCUGCGGAUAGAAUCGAAGGGGGUAUCAUACACACGCCCCUCUGCGAAGCAAAAAUCAGUAAAUAUAUGGACUACAACAUCUAUUUGAAAUGCGAAAAUUUACAAUACACUGGCAGCUGCGCUGAGCGUGGUAUUCGUAACGCUCUGUUAGCGUACGGUGGAGACAUCGGAGACCGCGGAGUUAUAGUACCAUCCCUUGGGAACAUGGCGUUAGCUACCGCGUACCACGGUGGAACUCUAGGAAUCCCGGUUACAGUGGUGAUGCCAGAGAGAACGCCUCCGGCUCACGCACAGCGCUGCUCAGAGCUGGGUGCUGAUGUAGUGUUGUGCGGAGACAACCUCGACGACGCCAUCUCUUACGCCAAGAAGGUCCACCAAGAGGGUCAUCAGACAAUACUUGACGCGGAUGAUCCCCACGUGAUAGCAGGUCUUGGCACGGUGGGCGUGGAAAUCGUUACACAGCUGCCUGAAGCGGACGCUGUGAUCGUACCAGUGGCUGGCGGAGGUCUACUGGCCAGCGGUGCGGAAUGUUCGAAGGUGCCGAAGAUGAUGAAGGCGCUGCAGGCAGGCCGACCUGUCCCUGUGACUGUGGUACCGAAUUUGGCGGAUGGUCUCAACACUUCCAGUGUUGGAGCUAAUGCAUUCGCGACUAUCAAGAAUAGACUUGAUAGAAUGUUGGUGGUAGAUGAGUUGUACAUAGCCAGGGCAAUGAUAUCAAUGUUGGAGCGAGAGCGUCUCGUGGCCGACGGGGCCGGCGUGUGCGCAGUCGCCGCAGUCAUGCAAGGGCUAGUACCCGAGCUACGAGGGAAGCGAGCGGUAUGCGUUGUAAGCGGAGGUAACAUUGACUGUGGUCGACUCGCUCGUACCAUUCAACGCGGUCUCGGCUCCAGUGGGCGACUCAUGAGAUUCGCGGUGCCAGUGCCCGACCACCGCGGCGGCUUGGAACAACUCGCCAAGACCAUAAACGAUGAGAGUGCAGUGCUCAAGAGCUUAGUCACAGAACAAAUGUGGGUUCACAGCGAUGUUGGAACUACUUGGGCCAAUGUGGUAGUCGAGACAGCAAACGAAGAACACGCGUGCAGUUUUAAGGAUCGACUGCGCGACUUAUACCCUACCGCUAGAUUCGCAGCCGUGGACAUGGACGACAAACAUAAAAUAUCUGUGCGAUGAAACAUGUAUGAACAUUGUACUUUCUUGUUGUGUAUGUCCAUACUCUUUGACUGAGUCAAAUUUAAUGAUUGUGUGUAAAAAAAGGUUAUAAAUUACAAAACAAUAAGUUUUUUUAGAUUUUUUAUUUUUUACUUAUACAUAAACUUAUGCGACUGGGUCAUCGCCCUUGGUGGCUCUAGUGUAGAUCACCUGUCCAUGGUGUUGGACUACCUGUUUGAUUAGACCUGAAACAAUAGAAUGCAGAGUUUAGUACACAUUUCAUUAAACUAGAGUGUAAUAAGAUGUAGGAAGAGUUGUUCAGACUCAAUAUAUCAGUUUGUAACUGUCAUAGUGUUAUCCAGAGAAAAUGAUCAUCAUUACAAUUAACAAUUAUGGAUUACAAUAAAACUUUAGGCACAAAAAUAUCUAUGUGUCAAUGAUUUGUCAUCUUUUCUACAUCUGCAGUAACCUCAUAUGCCUAGUUUUGCGGGAACACUACUAAUGACUACUUGCUGAGUAAGUAAUCACUAGUUAUAGUAACAGAAGUUGUAUACUAUUUCUAUGCCAACUAAUAUGCAUAUUUGAUUACUAAUUAUUAGCACAGAUAGAAACAUUCGAAAAUAAUUGCACAUAAUUUGAUUUUGGGUAGCUUUUGAUAUAAUUUACUAAGAAACUAAAUUUUAUGAAUCAAAAAACAAACAUAGCAUGAAGUCAUAACAUAAACCAUAACACACCUCACUACUCUGAUUUGUUUGAAUGAGUUUUUUUAACUAACAUACCAAAUGAAAUAAAGAACACAAGAUCAUACCUUUUUCUCUGAGCUCAAUGAGGGCACGUCUCGCAAGAGAACCUCUGACCUUCAACCUUUCAGAGACAACAGCAGGUGUGAUGAGCUUGUACUGGGGCACUUCCUUGUACAGUUUCUCAUAUGUGGGCUUGUCAAACAACACCUGGUUGUUCAACUUAUCACGCACUUUUCCCUUGGACCACUUCUGCAAAAUUACAACACAAAAUUAGUAAAUUUAUAGAAUAUCAAUGCCUAGAGCCUGUAAAUUCAGAACAUCAGGGUGCUGCCAUCAGCCUCAAUAUAUCAGUUAUUACUCUCACAGUCGUCAAGUUUAAAGUAUAUAAUCAUCUGGCGAAACACCUUUUCUUUAGAUACUUAUUAUUCUAUAACGAGUUGAAAUACUACAAAACUUCAAUUUAUCUGCUUCAAUCGCGCACUACGUGCUAUUUGAGUCUGAUCUCCAUGUCAUUGAUGUACAACAGAGGAUGGUCACUGUCACACGCACACAUAACCUAACUUUUUUAAUAUCACGAAUUGUUUACCUUCUUCUUGGCUUUACCGCCACCGGAACCUUCCUUCUUCUUCUGUGUUUUCUGGGGCUGCUUGGCCGAAGCCUUAGUGUCCUUCUUGGGCGGCUGAAAUCACAACAACAUUGUUGAAAACAAGCUAAGCCACGAGGUCGCAUCAUCCCAACUUUGCAAGACAAAUAUUAUACGGCACAAAACUAAUUCUUCAUAUGUCACUUAAUAUUUAAACGUUUAUCACAUAAAAACAACUAUAAUUAGUACAGAAAUUAUUAUGAUUUUAAUAAUUUAAAAUGAAAAUAGUGGGAGCAGCACAUUCACUCACCAU